GAAAGCAUAUUUCAAGGCUUAUUUGAUCACGCAACAAAUAAAAAUAUGCCGGGGCCAUCAAAUAUACAAAAUUUUUCAAUACCGUCAAAUAUAUUAGACUCUUCAACAAUAAUUGUACCAGAAAUGUCAAUACCAAAUACCAGAGUCUCAUCAUUUGAUGUUCCACAAGAGGUAGGUUUUCCAGACAGAAUUCACAUGUCUACCCAGAGCUUAUGCAACAUCCAGGGUCCAAGAUUUACAUCUACUACAACAAUGACAAGUAAAGCUAGCUGUCCGAAAAUGGCACAAUCCAUCAUCCAUCAUCAUGAUCACAUGCAAACUGCCUCCCAAUCUCAAUCUACAAAUUCAAAUUCGAGGCAAUUGAGGAAGCUGGACUUGGAGGCCGGACAACAAACUGCCCAUCAUCUUAACAUCCACCCCAAUCAAGAUUAUUACAACAUCAACUGCGAUGUGGACCGUCCAUUGGAUCAUCAACCACAGCAUCACAAUCAACUCUGCCAGAAUACACUAUUUGAUGAUCUUCUCCCUCCAGAGGUAAACAUAACAAUAAAAGCAUAUUGCAAUUAUCAAAAGGCUUACGUCUCAUUCUUAAUAUUGAUAAAAACACGUCACGAUCAUAUAUAAUCAUUACAUUGUCUCUCUUACCUAACACAUUUUACAUACACAUCAUAUCAAUUAUCAUCAUUACACUUUUAUCUCAAAUUCAAUCACAUACUCCCAAAAAAAAAAAAAAAACAAAUCUCGUGUCGACCAAAUUCAUAAUUCCAUCUCAUUUUAAUCUUACUUUACUUUGUUUUUUCUUUGUGAUGAAUGUUAGGA